GCACUGAGCUCGAUCCGCGAGGCGGCGACAGCGCCACGGGAUGGUGACAUGGCCAGGCCUACAGUGUUGCCGGGGCAGCCGCGCCUUGUUUGUGGUCGUGUCCGUGGCGUAGCGUCGGAAAAAUGCCAGCAGUCUUUCUCGCGCGAACGUCUGAUCCCUGUCUUUGGGCGCGCCGUUCGCCUUGUGGCUGAAAAGUCGCUGAUUAUAGGCACAGACAUUUCAGUGUUUCGCGCGCCGUGCUGUUGGUAUUUGCUUACUGAACAGGUUUACGUACAGUGUUUGCGUAUCCGGACAGAGUACGCACCGUGGCCAUGCGUCAGCUGAGCUUCGGUGUCAUGGUGAACUGUGCUAUGUUUGCCUACAGCAAUCACACAAGAAAGAAACCCGGCGAUAGCCACCCAUAGAGAAACCACCAUGGCGGCGGCGGGGCGCCAUCCACAGCAAAUUCAGUCAUCAGCUGUGGUAACUGAGGAUGAUAAGGGCUCGGUGAUUGCACAGUUCUACCAGGACCAAGUGGUAUUCCUCACAGGAGGAACAGGGUUCAUUGGAAAAGUUCUGCUGGAAAAACUGCUCAGAUCAUGUCCUGGUGUAAAGCAAGUCUACCUAUUGGUACGAGGCAAGAGUGGAGAAGGACCAGAGGCCAGGCUUGAAACAAUGCUCAAAUCUAAGGUGUUUGAGCGGCUUAAGCAAGAGCAACCAGGUGCCCUUCAUAAAGUGCGAGCGGUAGCAGGGGACCUGACUCAGCCGAACUUGGGGCUCAGUGCGCCUGACCAGGCCACUUUAGUUGCGAAUGUCUCGGUUGUCUUCCACUCGGCUGCCACAGUCAAGUUUGAUGAACCUCUUAAACGAGCGGUUCAGCUCAAUGUUCUGGGUACACGGCGUGUAGUGGACCUUUGUAAACAAAUGCCAAACCUUUGCGCUCUUGUACAUGUAUCGACAGCAUAUUGCAACUGUGAUAAACCAGAAGUAGAUGAGGUGAUAUACCCUCCACCUGUAGACCCCCAAAAAAUUAUAGAAGCUGCUCAGUGGAUGGAUGAUAAGAUGAUGGACACUAUGAGUGGAUUUCUACUCGGGCAGCGGCCAAACACCUACACCCUUACCAAGGCGCUAGCCGAGUCACUGGUGCUUGACGAGCGAGAAGAGCUUCCAGUCGCCAUAGUCCGGCCUUCCAUUGUCACUGCCUCAUGGCGAGAGCCCUUCCCUGGCUGGGUAGACAAUUACAAUGGCUUCACUGGUAUUAUAGUCUCGUGUGGUCUCGGCUUGUUACAGUCAGUAAUAAUAGAAAAAGAUUGCAUAGCUGAUGUCAUUCCCGUGGAUGUAGUGGCCAACAUGCUCAUCUCUGUCGCCUGGAACACCGCCACAGCAAGGCCAGAACAUGUGAGGGUCUACCACUGUACGAGCGGUACCUUACAGCGACAGACGUGGGGUGAAGUGACUGCGACGACACAGAAGCUGAUUGUGCGGCACCCACUGCCUCAUGUGAUGCGCUUCCCGAAGGUUGCUCUCACCAACAGUGUGGCGUGGCAUAGUCUGAACUUGUACUGCCUCCAUUACCUGCCUGCGUGCAUAGGAGACCUGGCCUUGCAGUUAAUAGGACGAAAGCCUAGAUUUUUAUCCCUUUACCAGAAGGUUCGAAAGGGCAUUGAUGUUGUGCAGUAUUUUACAACUCACGGGUGGCUGUUCCGAUCAAACAAUGUGGUGGCACUUGUGGAGGACCUCUCACAGACAGAUAAGCAGUUAUUCAACUUUGAUGUGCGAAACCUGGAGUGGUAUUUGUAUUGGGAACAGUAUGUGUUGGGUAUUCGCAAGUACCUCUUUAAGGCUGAAGUUUCCAAGCUCCCAGAAGCACGAAAGCACAUGAAGUGGCUUUAUAUCAUGCACUUGUGUCUCAACCUCCUUGUGGUCACGUUUGUGUGGCGACUGUUGAUGACACGGUCGCAGACCGCAAGGAACCUCUGCUACUUCAUGCUGACCUUUGCCAUGAGGCUGUGCAAAAUGCUGCCCUCCCUGCGUACCCUGUGAUCUCUGCUGUCACAGAUCUUACAGUGACAACAGUGCAGUGCAAGAUGACAUGCGCCAACAACGACCAUGGCUGCUAAAAACUGCCUAGCCACCCAGCGACAGUGGCCACAGAGACUGUUUCAAAUGGCCACCCUUCCCACCAUUCCUCCACUCAUUUGUCACUCGAGGAACCAGAUCUAUUUGCAGCUUCAAGUGAACUUGGCUAUGCGAAUCAUAUAGGGUAUUUAGCAGUCCAAAACGGAUGCAUUGCUGCUGUCCCUUUGGUCACUGUCAGAAAUACUUCCUACUUCAUGGGCACUUCGGAUCUGCACACACUGUAUGUGCACUGAGGAGCCAAGCACGCAUGCGCAGACCAUGCAUCUCUGCAAUGUGUACAGUGUUUGAAAUGCUGCAGCAACUAACUAUUUCAGCAUUAUGUAGCCACUUAGAAUUCCCAUGCCAAGACUAUGCUCUGCUGUUCAAGCACAGCUUUAGCAUGCUGCAACACUGACAAAAUGCUGCUUUUGGCUAGCUUUCUUGGCAAGUUGCACAGUUUGCACAGUCCAGAUUGCAUUGGAAUUGUACUGUCUCUGGAAGUUUGAGCUUUCUGCCUUAUACGCAGCCUCUCGGAUUUUCCUGAGCCGAUACAAAUUACCAGGUAUCUUGAUACAUGUAGAAUUGCCAUGAAGGAAACAUUUUUAAACAACAGUCAAUGGUUAUCCUUUUAUGUACUCCUUUAACAAACCAGAGGCCGAAAUUUGUGACAAUUCUUUAACGUUUUCAUUCUUUCUACUCUUUGCGAAGAGCUCCCAUGAAGCUGCGUCUUCACUAUUGACAGGAUCAGCCGCUUGGUGGAAUGGAUAAUCGACAAAUAGAAUCAGAGGAGAAGAAUCCUCACAAAGUAUGGCGCUUGAUCUAGUUUCUUUGCAUUCUUUGAGAACUCUAGUUCAUUUUGCUAGCUCUCAGUCAACAAUAACUGGGCUUAGCAGUACCUGCUUUUUGCAUCUUGAAAUUGUGUAAGCAUUUCUUUUUCUGCACCUUGAUGAUGGCAUUGAAGAAUGUGAUAAGUCUGUGUUGACCAAGUGUUUUUAGGAUUAUGCCAUUGUCGCUCCAUAGUACUCUUGAUUUUAGGCAGUGGAAACUUUCCAAUACACUACAGUGUGUCCUUGUGCCUUUUGUUGCAUGUUUUUGUUCUUGAACAUUGGUUACCUGCGCUUGUGUAAGUAACCAGAUUUUUUUUUUUUUUUAGUGAUAUGUUGCAAUACAAUCACGAAUUACGAGAAGGCUGUACAUUGCAAGCAUAUACAUAGGCCUUUUUCUUUUUAAUGAGGUGACAAUUAGUGAUUAGAAAGGGAGAGUUGUCUUAUUUUGGGGGGAUCGUAUAAUGUUGUUGGCAUUAAAUAUAGAAAGAUUUGAAUCGAAGGCCUAGUCAUACUGUUUCUUUGAAGCUUGCAUGCUAUGUCUGCAUUACAAGGUUUCAUUGCUGAACACUAGGUCUUUUAUGAAGCUUGGGGCUGCACUGGCAAUUUUUUCAGCAGCAUGCAAAGUGAAUUAAACUGCGACAAUCUGCGGGCACAGCAACUACGCUUGCCUCAGAUUUCACAAAAACUUGUAUACACCAGCAAGACUUUAGCAAUGUAUUUAAAACUGCAGCAUUAGCAGCAUUUUGGUUUUCACUCAGUCGCCACUGCAGCAUGAACAUGAAUUCUUUUCCUGAACAACUGUUGUUUUGGUUCAAGUGUACAGCAUUAUAUAGUCUAAUAUAUUUCACAUGUGUAUCAGUUCCUCAACACUAAUCACUCUGGACAAGACCAAUGCCAGCCGCUGUCUCAGUGCUUUCCAGCCAGUGCCUUGAGUCUGCAGUUGUUGGACGAUACACUGCCCGUCUGGGACGGUGCCACUUGCCCCCCAACCCAGCUGCAGAGACUGGCUAUGCAUAAUGAGUAGUGGUGUUUGUGUGCAUUGCGUGUCUGGCUUUGAACUGAAGCAUGCUUGCUUUGUGCUGCAACGAGUGCAAUCACGCUGUGUGCGAUUGCUAGGGUAACAAUGUCUGUGGCUUUUUCUCAGAAGCCAGUCAGAAGAAAUGCACAUUGAACUCUGUUUUCGGCAAUGCAUAGGCCACUUUGUUGUGCUGCCACAAUGCUGCAGCAAGCACAUCUUCAAAAAACUGAAGUUUUGGUUCCCAGUGAGUACUGCAUUCAGUAUGGAAUUAUUUCUGCUGCCACACACCAUUUGCUCCUCACCAAUCAAUGCUGUGCAACUGUACGAGGGUUUACCAUAUAUAUUCGUAUAAGGGUUGCACCCCCACUUUGGAGGGCAAUAUUUUGGAAAAAAAUUCAAAAUGACCCGCCGGAAAGCUAUGUUAGCUUCGUUGCCACUAGAUGAUGCUAGCUGCUUUUCCGUCAAUGCCGCACAGGGCAAUGCCACUGCGUCAUUAUUUCUUUGUGUGGCACAUUGUCUCAGCUGUGUUGGCAGUGUUUCCAGUCAGAUCGGUGGCAUUUUGCCUCCAGAGAAAGAAGGGAGCCCUGUUUGGGUAAGCACUGGUCAGGGAUGAUGGGCCAGCAUCUGAGGUUGUUUACUGCAGCCUUAUGUCCUCUCUUACCCUCUGCUACAGUUGCGGAAACAGUACGAACCUUUAGUGGGCUGUCAUCAGCCCGAUUUGUGCAAGGGAUGCACCCAGCCAGGAUUCUAGAAAAAAAGUGCCGCCCUUAUAUAUGGUAUUUUAGAAGGAUCUAUGCUUUGAUUAUAGCUUUUGACAAGGCUCUAGGGCUGUAAAUGAUACUUAACCUAUGUAAUGCUAACCUUCCUGAAGGCCACUAUCCAAGUGAGAACUCUGAGAGGGUUCUGCCUCUUAACUGGUGCUGUAGCUUGCAAGAGCAAUGUCAAGAGACUGGCCAUCAGAGCAAGGAACCAAGUUUGAGAAGGCACAGUGCAGCAGAAGGCACCAGCUGACUGUAUACAGCUGUAUAAGUGUGGUCAACAGCAGACCUCAACCAUUCAAUUGUCAAACAGUAUUGUUUUCUUUCCCAUGUGUGUCUUAGUGUAAGACCCCUUAGAAAAGAAAAAGAAAACUUACCACUGGUGACUACAACAAGCAAUAGAUGGGCAGCUACAAUGUUCACCUACAAUGGUGAGUGCACAAUAGUUGUGCUUGGUAUGCUAAUGGGCAACUACUUAUUUUGCUGAGGUAAUGAAACCUUUGUACAAGUUGUAGUUCAAGCAAGCUAACUGCUCCUGCUGUUGGGCAGGCUGUUGUUUCAUGUACAUGGUAUCACUCUGCACUUUUUUGAGACUGGAUGGCACCGCAUACCCUAUAGAGUCAGCUCAUGAGGAACGUUGAAGUGCUUGGUCUUAGCACAGACUUGUCUGCAAGACGGGGAGGGGUGGAAGCCACCACAUUUACCUUGUGAAAACAUUGUACAUUCCUUACUGCCUAUCAAAUGCCAUACAAGUGUUUGCCAAGUAGUUAGUCUGGCUGCUCCAUUUCACCCCUUUCUACAGUAUAAAGGCUGCAAGCAAUUUUUGAUGCGCCGGCCGGCAUGACAAAAGUGCACAAAUGGGUACUUUUACCUUUGCUCUAGUUCUGUAUUCCUCUAGGACAUCUUUUUGCAAUUAAAUGACGCAGUUGUCACCAGUG